AAGAAAAUGGCGUCGUAGUAGAUGGUUCAGAAAGAGAAUAAUUCUGUUUUCAUGUGUAAUCUAUUAAACGCAAUAUUUAUUUUGGUUUUAGUGUGAACAGUUUCAACCUGACUCCUACUGGGAUCGAAAGGAAGAGCGAGUGGCAGGAUGAUGAGGAAACUGGUGUUGAAGAGCACAACGAAGAUGUCUCUGAACGACCGCUUCACGCAACUUCGCAACCACCACGCCGAAUUCACCGUGCACAAAAUUCGCGAGAACAAUGCACUGCGGCAGCAGGCCUCGAUCAAGAACCAGCGCCUCGCGCAGCAGAUGGAGCGGCGACCGGCUGUCAUCGCGGCGUUGCGGCUGAAGAAGAAGAGCGUGCGUCAGCGCCUGGGACAGCCCAUGCUCCAGGCCAGCGUCAAGGACCGUCUCAGCCUGGGCCAGCGGCUCGGCCGGGGGUCGUUCCGGGGGGCGCGGGCGUCCCUGAGCUGGCGGGGCAGGGGCACCACUCGCGGCACCGCUCGCGGCACCUCGCGCGGCCAGAGGGGCCUCUACCGGCUCAGCCGUAGUGACAGCAUGACGUCUCUGCGCUCGUUGCGACGCUCGCAGAGCGUGACGUCGCUCAACAGGAGCGCGAGCAUGACGUCGCUCAACAAGUUCCCCAGAGGCAGAGGGACGAGGGGCACGCGGGGUUCGUUGAGACGGCCGUACAGAAGAGGUUUUAGAGGUGUUAGAGCAGGCCAGUUUUCUCAGCGGGGAACGUACGGACGUCGAACGUUCAGAGGCAGCAGAUACUCCCAACAAGGCCAGCGCGGCAGAGGACGUGGCACAUUCAGGUACAGCUCUGGUUCCACCCGCGCAGUUCACGAUGUUUUAACUAAACAGUUAGCACUUACUGGUACCAUAUUUACUUAUGAAAAACCAACACAGGUUAGUUAUUUAUGCACAUAUUCAACCACACUGUGCAAUAUUAAUUUCUUUUUUUACUCAAAAUGAAAAUUUUUUGCAUAAAAUGUGUGACCUAUGUGCGGGUAAAUAGGGUAGACCCUUUUGCUAACUGUCACUUGCAAAACAUUAUAUUGUAAGAACACUGACCACCACAUGAACACGUUGGCAGAACAAUGUGGAGAUCAUUGAUUCUGCUUUUGAGAAUUAUUGACAAAUUUGAGAUAAGUCUAUGACAAAGACUAUAGCAUAGGGUGCUAAAAUAUAAAAUAUGUUGUAG